CUGACGAGCAGUGCCAUGUCCAUGCCCAGGAUCCAAACCGGUGAAACCCUGGGCCGCCGCAGCGGAGCGCGGGAACUCAACCAUUGGGCCACAGGGCGGUCCCUGCCUUUUGAUUUUUGAGCCUGUAAUCGUACCCUCUAUUCAAAAAGUGAACUAUUAAAACACAACAAGCGAACGGAAUUAAAUAUAACGCCUACGUUGGCAAACGAUUCCCUGACGUUCAACUAAGCCAGAGGCUGCCUUUCCAGCCCACGUGCGCGCCCCGCGCCGGCCCAGGCCCCGCCCCCACCGCGCGCCCCGCCCCCACCGCGCGCCACACCCAGCGGUCGCGCCCGUUUCCAUGAGGACGCGGCGCCAGGCCGGGGCUGUCGGGCCACCGAGCUGGCGGACUUGCAGCCGCGGCGGCGGCGACAUGAGCGCGGCGGGAGUGGCGGCCGGGCAGCGGCCUCUCAGCUCAGGGGCCCUGGGCUCCCGGGGGGCGUCGCGCCCACGCCUGCGCCCGUCCGCCGUCCCCCAGCCCCCGGGGCCGCACGGCGCGCAGCCCGGGCUCAGCGAGGCGCAGAAGCGGGUCCUGGACCUGGAGAAGAGCCUGCAGUUCCUGCAGCAGCAGCACUCGGAGACGCUGGUCAAGCUCCACGAGGAGAUCGAGCACCUGAAGCGGGAGAACAAGGAUCUCCAAUACAAGCUAAUAAUGAAUCAGAAGCCGCCGAAGAGAGGCAGCAUCUCCAAUUCCAGUUUUCAGUCCAUCAAGUCUGUCUCAAAUUCGACAGUGUCAGCAAACUCUCAAGGCAAGGCCAGGCCCCAGCCUGGUUCCUCCAAGAAGCAAGACUCGAAAGCUGACGUUCCCCAGAAGAUGGAGCUGGAAGAGGAGCCACCAGGCGCCACCCUGCUUCACAACGGCAAGCUGGACAAGGCCGCUGGGACCCAGGGGCAGGCCAAAGACGAGGAAGUGGAGACCUCUAAUGCAGUGGCCACCUCAGUGGCGGGCAGCCAGCACAAGGUCAAGCAGGUGACGGGGGCACCCCCCUCAAUGAGCCUGCCCCCCCACCUGCGCAGGCCCACCACGCUUCAGCAGUGCGAGGUGGUCAUCCGCCAGCUGUGGAACGCCAACCUCCUGCAGGCGCAAGAGCUGCAGCAUCUCAAGUCCCUCCUGGAAGGGAACCAGAGGCCUAAGGCUGCCCCCGAGGAGGCUGGGCCAAGUUCUCCCAAGGACCAGGAGGCCCUUCACCUGGGGGCCAUGCAGUUCCCCAAGGUCCCCACCAAGGGCGUCUCUAAGAAAUGCCUGAUUCUGAGCCCGAUGCCAGUGGCGGAGCGAGCCAUCCUGCCAGCGUUGAAGCAGACCCUGAAGAGCAACUUCGCGGAGCGGCAGAAAAGGCUGCAGGUGGUGCAGAGCCGGCGGCUGCACCGCUCUGUGCUCUGAGCGCUCGCCCGCACCCUCCUUGCAGCCAGGCCUCCCACGACCUGCGGCUGGAGACGCUAACCCUCUCUACAUAGCACUUCAAAAGAAUUCUACUGCGCUUAAGCCAAGCUGAUUCCAGACAAAACUCAUGGCAGAGAAAGUACUUGGUUUCAGAACUGAGAAACUUUUCUUGCUCAGUAUUUUGUUAUUCUGCAUUUACACAAAAACAUUAUGAAGUAAGUAUUACCCUCCUUGUUGAAGACUGGAAAUAAAGCUCGUUUCUCCCA